AUGUCAUCAUAUCAGGCGGAGCACAAUAUUUCAGGAGAGUCUACUCCUCAGAAUGAGAAUAGACAGUCCAAUAAUGAAAGGGGACGAAGACAUAUAACGUUAAGUGAUGCCAUUGAACAGUUUAUUAGUGGAAGAAACGGGCAAUAUACUUUUGGAGAUGACAGUCGUGAAGAUCGGGAUAUGAGACAACAAAUGAUAGAAUCACUGUUUUCAUACGUUGCACCUGAAAGAUCUGAUAAUAUUGAUAAUAAUGCGACCACCGGUUCUAUGUCGGUCAACGGUUCACUAUUUCAUAAUAUGAUGCAAUCAUUACUUAGCUCCCCGAAUACUAUGCUUGUAUUUGGUGAUGGAGAUUACGAUGGUAAAAAAGCGGGCGGCGUGGAUACAAAUUUUGUAGAUACAUUAGAUAGAGUUGCAAUUAGUGAGCUUCCCACAGAUGCUCGUUGCCCGAUAUGUACAAACGAGUUUAGAAACGAUAAAUAUCCGUUAAUUGUGCGCCUUCCGUGUGAUUCAAGGCACUGCUUUGAUCUCGAAUGCAUUUCUCCUUGGCUCAAACUCAAUAGAACGUGUCCUCUGUGCCGAGAAGAUGUUACCACAGUCCGAAAAAGGAAACUAGAAAAGCUUGUGAAGCAGGCUCAGCUGUCAACCCCAGAGGAGGAGAAUACUGAUGAUUGGAUGAUGUAUGGUUGA